UGCAGAGGGUUGAGAACGUUAUAUGAGACUUGUAUAACCUUAUAUAUAUAUUAUAUAUAUAUAUAUAUUAUAUAUAUAUCAACGUCAACUUAUAUGAACCAUUUUGGUAUUUGGCCAUGAAACACUCCACCCAUCUUCUACGCAGGCGACAUGAAUCAAGGGCACAUUGACUGAGUGCUGGCGCGAUGUUUUGACUGUGAAUAUUUGAUAGCUAACUAACGUUAUUUGACAAACUUUUGCCCCAUUACUGCAGGUGACGAAGAGGGGACACAGAUGACACCUGCUGAACUCAUCCUACUGUGGAUAAAAGUAUCACAAUGACACAUGACAGUCCCAAACACACGAAGCUGCUCUCCUUCCAUGGUGAUAUUCUCACAUUUCAGUGCAAACUCUCCUAUCCCAGAGAUGGUGAAAGUCGAAGAGGAUCAGAAUUGGCUUUCAGCAGACUGACAUUUCAACGGGAUGGCUGCACUUUCUUAAAGGGGAAUGGUGGUAUGGCCGUCAUCAACAGAAAGAGUUCAUCUAAUGUUGAUAUAGUGGCAUGCACCUUUGCCCUACAUGUGAAAAACAGAGUCACUUCGCCAUGCAUUUUACUGAUACAGAGCAAGAAGGGAGAUGUCUUCAAGUACAGCCUUCUCACUCUGAGCAGCUCAAAUAGAUUAGAGCCACAUAUGGAGUUUAAACUGCCAUACCGAAUGAAAGACAAUGUUACUAUCUUGCAAGGCCCUACUGUAUUAUGGAGCCAUGCAGGUAUUGUCUUCUACACAUCACUGCAGGCAGGUGAAGUUAGACAAAUACCUAUCAAGCUCUCUCUGAAUUGUAUUGGUGAGUUUCCCCUCAACAAAAGAAAAAUAUUCAUACUAGGUUACCAAACACAAUCAAAAGAAUGUCUGAAAGAUCAGUUGGACGCUCCAGGCAGGAGCAAAACCAUGGGGUAUUUUGUAGAGGAUGGACAAGUAUUUAAUGCAGAUCUGAUCUUACCUCAUGCCUAUAGUUCCAUCACACAGUGUGUAUUUGUGAUCUCAGCUGAAGAGGUGAACAGUGUGUUGAAAUCAACUGUGGUGGCAGCGACCAGUAAAAAGCAGUUGGUGUAUUUUGAGAACGGCAUUCCCAGAGAGGUAUGUCUGCUUCCCUUUGAAGAACCUCAACACAUUCAGAUGGUCAACACUGGACGCAAUGGAUGUCUGUUUGCCAUCUAUUUCAACGAUGGACAAGUCUGUGCAGUGUGGAAAGAUACUUUUCAGGUAGCAUCAUGCUGGUCAGGUGUGAGCUCCCUACAUGUGGAUGACUUUUUGAGCUGUGGAACAGAUCAGAUGCUGCUGGUCUUUGGAAGCCAGAGCCCUCCUGUGGAUCCAGUGGAUCUUUUCCUCAUCACAGAUCUCUGCGGGACAACCUAUUCUCAUGGACAGGAGAGCAGUGAAGGACAGCAGGCAUCUGACACGGCUCAGGAGAACUACCUCCUAACUGUCCAAGCUCUACAGUCCAGACUACAGAGUGGCCUGACCUUGCUCCAGGAUUUUCAGAGCGAUGUGAGGGUGAAGGAGAGGGUUCUACGCCAGUCAGUCCAAGCCCUCACAGACCUGGUCUCAGGAAGAGAACACAUUCUCACCCAGACAGAGCAGGAAGGCCUUGUUUCUCUAUGGGAUGAUGAGCCAGAGGACGAGGCCAUUCAUGAGAAGAGGCAGGUUAUGCCAGUGGUGCCACCACCUCUAGUGGACAAUCUUUGGCACCGUGUCAUUGAAGACCGCUUGAUUGUGGGCGUGAUACUAUCCACAGAGAGUGCCAUCUCAGCAGAGAGUGUUACUUUAUCCAUCCUGAGAGAGAGAGGCCAGAGCCAGACGCCUGCGGUCAUCCAGACCCACAGCCAAGCUUCCUGGUUCCCCACACCCAGCCCCUCUACACCCAGCCCCUCGUCUCCCUACUCUCACCCAGAGCCAGCGGCUAAGAGGAGCAGGCGGGCCGGUGCCAGCGGAGCCCGUGCCACACACCGACUGGCAGUGACCGCUGUGACUGACCUGACCCCUCUGCUGACCUCUGGCAGUGUCAAAUGCCCCAUUAUGCUCCAUUACGUCCACAGACAGGGAUCUUCGGCCUCUGUAACCGCUCCAGGACCAUCAGUGGUCCAGUGCGGUCAAAUCCAAGUUGAUAUUCAGGUCAAACACCACCCCCAGCUGAUGACCAACAGUCAACUCACAACAGAUGAGGCUAGAGAAGACCUACUUAGCCUAUUGGCUGUGCUGGAUGCCUGGACCUUCCUGAUCCACUCCCCUGACCACACCCUGUGUGAUGUGGCUGGCUGGAUCCAGACAAGCAUGCCCUGUGAGAGGCUAGAGAUCAGCCCACACUACCUACUGGCCAAUCCUGCUGGGCCAUCUGCUGUCAUGCUGUUUCACUGGCAACACAAAACACCUUUCCUGGGAGAAUUAUCCGUCCACUGCAGCCAGUUCAAGGUGCUGCAGUUCCUCGACUCCCUGUUUGGUUUCCUGCCAGCAUCCUGCUCUAUCCUGCACCUCAGACAGGGGGGAGGAGACGGGACGGCACCACGACUGGCUCAUUCCCUGGAGAAAGAGGUACUGUCACUCAAACAGGGCGUGUUGUCUUUGCUCCAUGGCGAGGAAGAGGAGAUGGAGGAGGCGAAGAAGAGCAGUGGAGUGAAGAAGAUGGAGCACCCUGAUCCAGGCUCUGCUGAGGGACUCCAGAGGUGCAGGGAGGAGUGGCAGCGGGACAGGGAGAGGAGCAGGAGGCUGUUGAGCCCCCUGGUGGGCGUGGAGCGCUAUCGCAGGUUGACCCAGAGCCUAACCCAGGUACAGCUGGAAGGAGAUGUAGCCGCCCUCCUAGAGACACAGACACUAAUUUAGGCUUGCAAUGCAUGGACAUGCACACUCAGUGGCCAGCCCAGAUUCUUCGGUUCAUGGGAACGUAGCUCAAUUGGUAUCAAGGGACCUAACGGGUGCCAGGAAAACAUUCCCCACACCAUUAUACCACCGCCACCAGCCUG